GGAAGAAUCGAGGCAGUGAAGUACAUACUUGGAAAUGCUGACCUCGAGAAGCUCAUAAACGAAAAAGACAAUGAUGGGAACACGCCUCUGCAUAUGGCCACAUUGCCAUGGCAUCCGGUGGCUCUGCUUCAUCUCUUGUUGGACAAAAGGGUUGAUCUCGAGCUUGUCAAUAACAAAUGCUUGACGGCCCUUGACUUUGCGGUGGAGCAAACCAGAAGAACGGAUUCUCGGCUUCAAAAGAGAUUACCAUCAAUCAUUUAGAAAUCUGCUGGGGCACCUACUAGUAAAGAUUUGGCCAUGUGCAAGCCAAGGGACAAAGAAAUUUUGGCAGAAACGGCAAUCCAGGCUCUCCAAAAGGGAGGUGCAUUGAAGAAUCUGGUGAAUAUUCGUUUAGUUGUGGCAAUUCUUGUGGUGACAGUGACCUUUGCAGCUGGUUUUUCAAUUCCUGGAGGUUACGACGACGGUCCAGGGGCAGAUGUAGGAAUGGCUCAAAUGCUGAACAGAAGCAUGUUCCAUGCCUUUGUCAUUUGCAACACGAUUGCGAUGUACUGUGCCAUCAGUGCAGUUCUUGUCUGGCCAUGGACACAAUUUGAUGAUUCUUACAUUGCUCUAAGCGCCCAUAUAGUUGCAACGGUGGCGCUGCUUGUAUCUCUUGGAACAAUGUCAGUAGCAUUUAUGGCCGGUACCUAUGUGAUCGUGAGCAAGGUUAGUUGGCUAGGCUCUCUCAGCCUGUUGCUAGGAGCUGUUGCCCUAGUCUGCAUCUGCCUUCUGUCUAUGGCACUGUACAUUACUACCUUGAUGAAUCAGCGCUAUCUCCGCUCUAUAGCCUUCUAUAUUAUCCGCCUAGGAGUCACGGUAUCUAGAAUUGUACUUUAUCACCCCGAUGUCAUGGAAGAUGAAGACUCUCGACCUGCAGGCAUGAAGGGAACAGGGACAAUGGUGGCAUCGAGCUUGUAUCGCCCAGGCACUUUGCCUGCUUUGCCUGAGCAAAUUGGCAAUUAGCCUUGCCGAUCGGUUCAAGGCGAACUUAUAUUAAUAAUCGCCUACCUAGAGAUACUAAGCUUCUUCAAGA